AUGAUAUCCAUUAUAAAAUUGUUGACUUUGUUUAUUAUAACAGUUUAUUGUCAAAGUGAUGAUCAAAAACAAGAAGAAGCUGCUAUUAAAAAGUUGAGAAACAAUUUAUUCAAAAAUAGUAGUUACGAUCCAAUGAUAGUACCGGUCAAAAAUUGGAGUCACACUCUCAAUGUACACCUCAGCUAUAAUCUUAUCAAAAUUUUUGAUCUGGAUGUUAAUACAAAUAUACUAACAACUGAAGGCUGGUUAUUGAUGAGCUGGACUGACCAGCACUUACAGUGGAAUCCCGAUGAUUACGACAAGAUAUCAAUCAUAAGGGUCGCACCCGACGAAGUUUUUAAGCCAGACUUUAUGUUAUUCAAUUCAGUUGAUGUAAACACUAUGAAAGACAAUACAAUUAAGACAAAUAUGUUGCUGUACUCAACGGGAGAGAUUAUGUGGGUGCCGCCGGUUGUAUUGAAAUCAUUGUGUGAUGUCGACCUAACUAAUUGGCCAUACGAUGAACAAACAUGUUUUCUGACAUUUGGUUCGUGGACUCACGAUGGACUCGGUAUCAAUAUUUCUGAUGACUGUAAUAUAUCAUUAGAGGAAUACUGGCCCAGUGGGGAAUGGGAUAUUUUAGGCACCGAAGUUCGGCGUAAAGAUCUUUAUUUUACCUGUUGUCCCGAACCAUACCCUGAGGUGUCUUUCUUUAUAAAGAUGCGCCGCAAGACAACCCUAUAUCACUAUACGGUAUUCCUGCCGGUGUCCACUGCCGUACUCCUUAAUCUUCUAAUGUUUUGGUUUGCAAUUCACUCAAAUAACCGAUUUCUGCUAUCGGGACUCAGUUUGUUAUUAAUGACAAUUAUUUUACUAUAUUUGGGCUCCCGGUUUGGCAUAGGCACCGAUACCAUACCGUUUGCCAUUCGUUAUAUUAGUCGUACAAUACUUGCAAUUGGAUUGACCCUUGUGUGGACAACAGUAGCUUAUAAUUUGCUAAACAUGGACAUCCAAGUGCCCGAUGGUAUCAAAAGAAUUGUGGCGCCGGCCGAGUGGAUAAUCAAAAGAUCUGGUGGUAAUAUGGACAGUGAUACAGUUAAUUUGACAAUUGAUGACCAAAAUGUUGGUUAUAAUAACAGACAAAUGAAAGAUAAGUCACUAGAAAUUGUUAUUACUAUUAUUGAUAGACUAGUUUUUGUCAUAUUUUUCAUUGUAAUCAUAUCUAUGCAUCUUUAG